AUGGCGGCCAUUGUCCAAAACUAUAUUGCUCUGUGGUACCUUACGAAGCUCAACACUGACGAUCCAACAUUUGUGGUGGAAGUAUAUCACCUUUUCGUGGAAAUCGCUCGAGACGUCUGUGGCCGCAUAACCCGGGUGGCUACUGCUGACACGGCUCUUUUAACACUGUAUCGAGUGGCCUCGACAAUUGAAACUCAUUUUGAAAGGGCUAGUGAUGACUCCUAUUUGAAUUGGGGACACCCGCUUGUGGCCACCUCUCAGGCGGAUUAUUUGAGGCUUUUAACAAGGAAGAUGUUGCAGGCAACAUUCUCUCUGAUACCCAAUCCUUCAGUGACGCUAGACACCACCAAGAUCGGCAAUAGCCUCGUGCAAGCAGUGGUGGCAGAUUUAGUGCUUGCGAAAAUUCUUGAGAAGUUAGCCUCACCAGAGUUUUUACGUCAAAUCAUCCAUGAUCUAGCCAAACGUGCAAUUGUUGAAAAAGAUAGUAAGAGUGACUCUCUGCCAGUAUCGUUAUGGCAAAGGGCACAGGAUGCUAUGGCGGGAAUACAGCAAGCAUGGACAAAGUUUUCCAGUAUUCGCAAAGAAGGGAUGAAGCUUGAAGGGAUAGAGUCGUCUGUUGAUGUGUUGCACCAUAGUGUUUGGAGUUUGUUAGCAUCAAUGUCCAAUAUUCAGCAUCGCCGACCAUUUGUUUAUUACACGAUUUGCACUGGGCGAGAGGUUGUGAAAAAGAUACCAUGGCUUCAUCGUUGGAUUAAUCAUCAGAUCAAUUCAGUUUUGACUCAAAGCAUUGAUCUGACCGACCCUACUAUCAUUGCAUCUACAAUUGAUCACCUUCGCGAUUCUUUAUUUAAUGACGCAUCACCCUCGAAACCUCCUACAACUAUACCCUCGUCCGAUGAAACAGUGGAUGCAGUGACAAUUGCAUUGAUGAAAGUGCUGCAAAGACUUACUAGAGACGAUAAGUUUUGGUUUUACCAGGACGAAACCUAUAGUGAGUACCGAGCCGGCGUGAGAAAUACCCUCGAAGUACUUGAGCAGUGUCACUCCAAUAAGCUUCUAAUCAUCCAAUUACUAGACAUAUUAGUCGGCGAACUCUGGGAUAUCUAG